UUUAAGAAGCUAAAAGAUCUCACUCUAAGUGACUGCUAUUUCCUAAGUGACAAGGGUUUGGAAGCUAUUGCCACUGGUUGCAAGCAACUUACUCAUCUUACAGUUAAUGGGUGCCACAAUAUUGGUACUCUGGGACUGGAAUUCAUUGGGAAAUCUUGCUUAUGUUGAGCUUAUCUGAGAUCACAGAGAAAGUGAAUGACAGGUGGGAGGUUUGUGUGAGCCUUAGUGAUGGGCAAUUUCAACAGGUUAGCUUUGUAAAUUCGAUUGCCACAAUCAAGGGUGGAACUCUUACCAUUCAUCCAAGCAGUUUUGGGUCUAAAUGUGAACUCCCACCAGAGUUCUUAAAGAAAGGUUCGGGAAGCUCUUUGCUUGUUUAUGUAGAUGCACUCUUAUCAUUACUUUCUGUAUCUUUGUUUAUGUUUUACCUUUUAAACUUGCAGUGGCAAAGUCUAGCAUUGUGGAUAGUCUUCUUUCCUGGGCCAACUUCAAGCAGAACAAGGAUCUUAAGAAAACAGAGUAUUUGUAGCCUCUUAUAACCCAGUAUUUCUAUUGAAAUUGCUUCAAUCUUUUAAAUUUCUCUAAUCGUCAUAUUUCUCUAGACUGAUGCAGCUAUUUCUGGUCUACUUAUUUCCAUUGUCCUUAUCUUCUUUACAUUGA